AUGCCUUCGUUCUUUCUCUAUGAUUAUUUUAAGGUACUCACGCUCCAGUCAUGCACGCCAUUACUUUUGAUCGCCAUGCUUAUAAUGUACGCUAUCGGUCAACUGCAGCUGCUCAAUCAUCCGGUACUCGAAUAUCUCUCACAAACAGUGAUUGCAUUCAUACCAUUGUGCAAUCCAAUCAUUUCCCUCACUUAUAUCACACCCUAUCGAAAAACGGUCACGAGGUGGUUCCAACCACUUGCUCGGAAAUACUCCUACCAAUCACCGGGUUCUAGAGAAAUAUCAAGUUUAUGA